UGGCGAGGCAGGUUGGUGGCGGACACGAAGAGGCACCUCUCGCCGUCACCCACGAUGGGAUGAAGUCGCGGUUUCUCUGUUUCGCUUGCCUUAUCGCGCGACGCCACACUCGCGAUUAACGCGCGUCACGCGUCAUCGUCAUCACCGUCGCCGCCGUCGCCGCCACUGCAAUCGUCACCGUCGCCGUCGCCGUCGGCCGUAUAUCGCGAACGCAUCUCGCGCCAGAGAUAUCACGAUUCAUAGGGGACACCCGGGUCAGACGCUUCUCCCCAAGGGUGGGCGGUGUCAGGUUAGGUUCCCGUCCAAGGCCUAGAUACAUAGCGAGUGUUAUGCGAGACUACGAUGCGGGAUGAAGGAGCCGGGCGUUCUUGUUUCGAUAGAGUAACGAGAAAGCCGUCAAGCUGGCGAGCCUAACGAGCUGCGUGUCGACGAUGAUGGACGACGAGGAGCAGGAGGAGCUCCGCUGCACCGGCAGCGACGUCGAGAUCGAGGAGUACACCGACACCGAGGAGUCGCCGUAUGUCGCUUAUCAAGCGGGCGGCGAUAAGCUGUUCGAUACCGAUCGCGAAAACUGGCAGAGGCUCCGUUUCCUGGCCACCCUCGUGUCCGUCGCGGUAUCAGUUACCGUCCUCGUUAUCAGCUAUCCGCUUUAUCUCGAGAGCGUCGCCGCUGUCUCCAGCGCUUAUACAGGACUCCUUUUCACUGCCCUGUGCUCCGCCUUCAUCUUGGGGUUGGUGUACUUCGCCGUGGACAGGGUGUCGCCGCCGCCACCCUUAAUACCGAACAGCAUGCGGAUCAAGAUACCCCGCUGUGGUCUGAUCAAAAUAAGCACUCUGUACGCCCUCUCAGGAAUCCUGAUCACCCUGUCCCUUGAUCGUAGUAGGGUGCUGUGCCAUUUGCAGGAUCCGAUAAAGGGUAUCACCCUCGUCUUCUCCCUCGUCUACUACUUCUUCUUUUGUCGGAAAAUGAUGAGUCUACAGCGAAUAUUCUCGAGCACGACUAUAAUAGUGGGUUUGUUCAUAAGCGUCGAUUACGGUCUCUGCGACGAGUUCCGUUGUCGAGGAAGGGAGGUUUCUUCGCAUACUACCACCAUGAGAGGAACUUGGGGUGUCCGGGUGAUUUGGACAUUCGUAUACGUGGGUGCUCUCGCCGCUUUCGCCAUGUUCUUCACCAUGCUCGAACGUCAUUACACCACUGGGCAACAGAACAUGUGCCAGAUGUUGACGACGCAGCACAGCUCCUUCUUAUACACGGUGUCCCGUUUGGUGUCCUCUCGCGAUAUUCGUCGUCGUGGAUCCGAAGAGGAAGGUGGCCGAUUGCUGCACGUGACCGAUCCGGAUCCCACGAUAAAGCCGAAAACCUACCCCAAGCCACCGGUGAUGCAAACCCUUUUUUAUAUACAUGUCAUCGCUUUCUUCGCCAUUCUGGCGCUCUGCUGGCUCGACACUUUGCCUGGUAUCGGCAGGGAUUUGUCACCCGUGGAACUUUAUCGCACCGUCGAGCGCGGAUUGAUGUGCCACUUUAAAAGCGGCAAACCAUGCGCGAACGUUUCCAGCCACGGAUGGACCUUUUUGUUCGCGUACAUUGUCUUCUCGAUCUCGAUCCUCAACUUCCUGUCGUUGUGCGAAAGUGCGGUGUUCAGCGUGGCCACCGCGACCGUGUCGCUCCCUCUGUCUGGUAUCUGGUGGAGUAUUUACAGGAUGGACGUCAGUUUACACGGGGGUUCCUCCAUCUCCUGGUCGCCAGGGGUGACGGGCGAGCUGAUCUGCGCCCUGCUCGGUCUUCCUGUCGUGCUGCUCGGUCUGGGCCUGCUCGUCAGAUCGCACUUCAGAGACACCCAGCUUCCUUAUCAAACCAUCCAGCCACCCGACAUCCAGCCACACGAGACCUGUCACAGAUGAAUCUCUCUAUAGCACUUCGUCUGGUCUCGCAACGAGACCCGCACCCCGUGCGACGACCCAUGGAAAUAAAUUCUGAUCGGUUCGACGGGUGCGACGAAUGAGCUCAUCGCCCUUCACGAAUCGAUCGGAACGAACGACGUUACGAGAAACAAAUUUCACCGAGCCGGAAUAAUAAUGUUAUUGUUGUACACUUGACAGAUAUAUUUUGUCGACUGUUCUCAGAUUGCACCCGACGCUCUCUUCCUUCGACCGCGAAGUAAACCAGAAGGUUUUUACCAAGGUAAAAUGAGAUCUUUGAUUCAGCCAUAUGCGUACGUUCCGGCGAUUUACGUGCGAAUUACAUGUGAAUUACAUGUGAUAAAUGUGGCCAGCGUCAGUUAACUCUGACCGUAAUUUAACUAGAUUAUAUUUCCUUUUAGAAAUACAAUUAGGAAAAUAAUGGUGGAAUUGAUUGAAUUCCACUAAGGAGGAUAAUUAAUUUAAUUUAAAACGAUUUUUACCGCAUUUUUAAUCGAAUCAAAUAUUCAUUAGCAGCAUAAAUUUGGCGGCAAUAUAAUUUAGUUGGGAUUACAUCAACGUAAUACGAAUUAUCGAUAUGGUCAUCGUGAAAGUUAAAUUAGGAUCAAAAUUAGCUGACGACGUAGUAAAAGAGACUCGGCCAAACGUUUCCGGACGGCAUUUAUUGUUUUAGACGCAAUUUAUGCGCGCGCACGCCCUUAAAUUCAUUUCCCCGAGCGCGGGGAAACGAGCUCGUGGCGAGCGCGCGCGCGCACAUUUGUGAUAAGAAAGAGCGGCAAUAUCAGUAACUAUCGCUAUGAGAAAAGAAGAAAGUUGCGGCAGUCGCGCGGGAAGGAAGGAGAAAGAAAGCGAUCAAUGUUUCCUACGUAUGUUGCCAAAUGCGAACGUCCGCGUCGCGAACGUCGUCACGAAUGCGCGCGCGACAACGUUAUAGCCGAUUUAUAUUUUAUUUUGAUAACGAGAUGUUUUAUAUAUUUUUCCGAAGAAGUUCAAAUUACACGUGUGAGAAGCGGGGCAGAGAGAGAGGAAGGGAGAGAGAGAGAAAAAGUAGGCGUUCUUCACAGCUGCAAAUCUGCGUGCACAGGAGCUCUUCAGUUAAGAGCAUUUCACUUUUGGUUAUCGAAUUUUUAGGCAACUCGAAUUUUUAGGCAACUUAAACGUUUUUUAUUUAAACGUAUUAAUUAUUAUUGCUAGCAUUUCUUUCUUGGUAUCUAACCUAUUUCUCUAAAAAUAAAUCACAAGCACGUACGUAUUGAUUUUGAGAGAAAAUUUCAUUGUAUAUAAGAUUUGCCUUUUUAUGUUCUCAAUAAUUUUAGAUUUUCUACCAACAAUUUCUGUUUAUUACAAAUUGUUAGUUGAUAAUAUAUUUUACAUUAACAUUUUUCUCGAAAUGCUCAAAGUGAUAUUUUAUUUUUCUUUUUAUGUUUUUCUUGAUUGUCAGAUAAGAGUGAUUUUUACUUCAUGAAGCUACAUUAAUCAAUUGUCUUCUUAUAAAUUAGAGAUGUUAAUUUAAUUUAGUAAAUCAAUUAGAACUGAUUUAAUUCAAUUUAACUAAUGAAAUAAUCAUUUCUCCGAGACCGAAUACCAGUCGAAUAGAUUAAUCUUCAUUUCCACGGGAGGAUUUGCCGAGGGAGGUUUAUCGAGAUAUCGUCGAGUAGUCGUAGGGAAGUGAAUUCGGAGAUUUCCUCGGUAAGAUUAAAUCCUAGAAAGUCGAUUCGCGCAUCGGCAGCAGCAUUCGCAGUCCUGUGCACACGGAUUUGGACGACUGCGCUUCGCCAAAGGAAGAAAAGGCCUGCGGCGGAAGCUACCCGUUAACGGCUGCAGUCGCGGUUUGCAGCUUUUACGUACGGGAAUAUUAAAGUAAUAAGCGAGCGACUGAGAUACGCGUACGUGUGUAUGAGUGUGUGAUAUCCUUUUACUACGUUCCGCUAAACGAUAGACAUUACUCUAUCAGCAACUUGAGCGCACAAACUGUUACGAACUAGUUGGACCCUGGCCGCGCGCGGUUAACUCGCGUUCGCCCCGUAUCAGCAUGUAAAACUCCUCGCGCGUCCCCGGAAGUUUUCAAAUAGCUUUAACCGUUCGUUUACGCGCCGUUAGCAAAAAAACCCCUCCCGCCAAGGCGUGUCUUCCUCCUCGCUGAAAGAGUGCCAAUUACGCGUGACCACGUCCGCGCCAUCGAUUUUUAUGUUCGCAAAGAGCAGUCUUGGAACUUGUAUCUCUGACAUUUACAUGUAGAAAAUUGCAUCGGCAUUUACUUUGCGAUCUUGAAUCUUUUACUAUUUACUUAUUGCUAGUUUUUUAUUGCCAAAUUUCUAUAUUUAUAUUUUGUUUGCAACAAGUAUCGUUAAUUUUUGUCUUCUUUUUUUUUGCAUCUUCUUGAUUGCGACAGACACGUGAUUUUUAUUUUAUUGAUUGAUCAGUACUUGUUUCACAAAAAAUGUAUUUUU